CUAUAACCCACGAUACCAGAGUAGUAAUAAUAAUUCCGGUGAUAACAACAAAAAAAAAAAAGACAACAUGUCGAUGGACUCACUCACCCCGUACGCAACCAUCCUAUGCAUCAAUGCCAGGUCACAGAACCCGCAACCAGCCCAUCCUCAGCUCAGACCUACAGUACAGUACAGUACUAGUACAGCUCAACACGGCAGAGUACACACCGCACCCCAAAAGUCAAGUCUUCCUCCCUUCCCCAUGCUUCCAUCCAUUCACCCAUCCAAUCCUUCCUCUUUUCUUUCCUUCCUCCGACCCGCUCGGGGAUCGCCGCAGUAAGUCUAUCAAAAAUUCACACUAAAACCCUACGACCAACCGUGUAGGCGCUGAGUCGGCUGACAUACCCCCGUUAGAUGUUGUUCCUCCGAGUGGAUGUGCUGCAGGAGAUGGAUGGCCGGUCAUAAGCGCUCACUCGAGAGUGGUUCCCGAUCCUGGGGUUUCCGGGCUGUAAGGAGAGGCCCUGUACGGGUACGAUACUCUACAGAGUGCGUUCUCCGGGGAAAAAAGGGAAACCUUGCUUAUGUCAUCCUACCCGACAGUCAUAACUUCACAUGAUAAAACUGCGGAAAGGAGCCAAGUGUUUGGAGUCCCCGGUUUCUCGAUUCCCCGGUUCGUUAUUUCGUUAACAGUGGUUUUAACACUCAUAUUAUCACACGCAAUAGCGCUUCCACACGCCGUAAUCUGGUGAUAUAUCAAUGAGAGGCCCUACCGCCGAACGGAACUUAAUUAUAAAUAGGUUUUAUGUGCUCGUUUGCACAUGAAAUAGCUCUCAGUCGUCAUCCAAACAGACCUUAGUAUAGACGAGUUUAUCGGGGGGGUUCUGUAGGGAGCCAUGAACGUGAGCUUGAACUUGUAACUACAACAGUCUCUCACAUCCCUAAUUCAAGCGCAGACCGGGGUCCUGGUUGCUCCUGUGAACAAGU